UUGAGCCCCGGCGAAUCACUAGUGACGACGGUAACAGUGGAAGACACGGAUGUAGGGAUCCACAGACUGGAUCCAAUCGUGGGGACUCUCAGACUCAGCCUGGACUCCGUACCCGAAUCGAGGCUGGGAGAGGGAUUGGCUUCACUUCAGAUUCUUCGCGGUGUCCUGUUCCUGCAAGAGCGGGCGGUUGUCACAGCCUCGGUGGUGUUCAAAGACGGUCACCGCUCCCUCAUUCAAAACCCGCUCGAACUCGUCGUAAACUCGUUAAACAGCUCCGUGGUGUCGGUGAGCGAGGGAAACAUUCUCGUAGGAGAGAGCGAGGGAGAGGCAGUCAUCGGCGUCGCCUGGAUAAACCCCGCAUGUGGAGCCGAAAUUCUUUCGGAAGAGGUGACAGUGAGGGUCAUUGUGGACGAUUCACGACCGACUUUCGUUCCAAAUGAACUCACUGCACCUGUUCCUGAGGACAGUCUUGGACAAAUCAUCCAUGUGGUCACUGCAGUGCUACAAGACGACAGUGGGAGAAUCGACCAAACUACCAGCAACAUCCAAUACCGAUUCAAAGACGGGUUCAACUUCAAUGGUUUGUUUGCUCUCGACGCAACCAGUGGUGAGCUGGAGUUGAACGGAAGACUCGAUCGUGAGGACAUAGACUCAUACACACUGCUUAUAGAGGCCACCAACGGUGCCCAGCGGCGUGCAGAGCAGGGAGAAGAGGAGGAGGAAGUUAACAAUGACAACGCCAACAUUUCACUCAACAUCGCAGUCCUCACGCUGAGGGUAGAGGUAACUGAUGUCAACGACAAUCCUCCAGUGUGUGUACCUCAACCAGACAUACAGCUAGACAGGACUGUAGUAGUCGGAGAACCUGUUGGAAGUCUGAUGGUGACAGAUGCGGAUGAAGGAGUGAAUGCAGAAAUUGAGUUUGUGGAAAUCAAGGAAGGGCUCCAAAACGAGGAGCUACUGUUCAGCAUUGGACAAGAUGGAACCCUAACAACCAGCAGGUCUCUUCCACAGGGGGGCUCGAGUGCCCUGACUGCAGUGGUUAUUGUGAGAGACAAGGGAGAGCCUGCCAACACUGUUGAGUGUAGCUUGGUCGUGCGCCUGUUUGACCUACAGCAAAUUGUUGAUCUAACUCUCGCCAAUCCUUACGACGAAGUUGUCGGAAAGGUUGAUCUACUGGAGGCCGUCCUCGCAGACAUCCUCGGUGAUGAAGUUGCCGAUCUCUACGUCGUGAGACUAGUCGCGAUCAAUGACACGCACACUCGGGCGGAAGUGUAUGCGAUCAAUCCUAACAACGAGUUCAUAUCGGCAGCUGACCUUCACAGCAGGAUUGUGAGUGUCAUGGAUGACGAUAGACUCAUCAGACUUGGAGUCAACAUUGUCAGUGUGGACGUGGCCAGCGAGGAGCCGGAGAUACUGCGGAAGAUUCCCCCAUGGGCCAUUGCUGUUAUCAUAGUCCUGAACUCAGUCAUCAUCAUCUUAGUCCUUCUCCUUGUGCUCGGCGUCGUAUGGAAGAGAUACUCAAGGCUGAGGGAAAGGGAGAACCAGCGAAGACUCAACAAGAGAACUGGCCUGCGAGAUUUCGAUUCGGUUGCAGACUCAAUGAGCGAUGGAGAGCGUAUUGAAAUGGGUGGAGUGGUCCAUCCAAACCGUGGAGCACUGAUCUAUAAGAAGACGACAAAAGUGGAGACAGUUGAUGAACCGGAUAGGGGAGUCGGUGCACAGAAGAAGAUAAAGAAAGUGACGAGUGAAACAAGUUGGAUCGGCAAACCAGAGAGAGAGUCAGACACCAGUGCUCUAGUGGGUCAAGAAGAAGAAGCGUGGCAUGACGAUCAAGUGGAGCAAAAUCCGUUAUACUCCACUAGAGAUUACGUCACCGACUUCAGCAACCCGCUCUACGCGCGGAGGAUGUCGGGCGUUGAGGGAGAGGAAAUAGAGCUGCAGAGUCGGUCCAGCCGGGGCUCGGGGAAAGACGGCGGGCGCGCUGCCCGCGGCCGGCCCAGCUCGCCAGACACGGGCGGAAAGGAGUAUGUUGACUAUCUAUCUGAGCAGCCUGACUUUGAGCAGGCCGACACGCUCUUCUAG